CGCCCAAACAAGUUGUAAGUUGUAACUUUUACACAGAGAUUAAAGUACAAAUUGGGAAUUUGACUUCCCUAGGGCAAAAAUCCAGAUUCGGUGAAGACAUUACUCCAUUACCGAAGCUUUUACCCAACUAGAGAGACUCCCAUGGCCGACGAUUCUUCUUCUCCGGCCACGGGGGAUCCCAAUUCGCAGAAACCAGAGCCCACUACUCCGAUUCCCAAUCCCAACCCAAUUCCAAAUCCUUCACCAACCCCACCGCCUCCACAACAACAUUCGCAGCCGCAACUCGUUACUCUCGACCCAACCAAGACGCCGCUCUUUCAACCCGGUCCGCCUUAUGCGCCGCCUCAGAUUCCGGGCUCCCUUGUACCCAAUCUUCCGCCGCCGCCACCAUUCCGUCCCGGUAUGCAGUUCACUCCGCCUCCGAAUUUUCAAAACCCUAACUCGGGAGUUCCUCCUCCCGGCGUGAACUCUGGUGGGGUUAUGGCGGCUCCAGGAUCCAUGCCGUAUCAAUCCCAGCCUGGGCAGCUUCCGAAUCCGGCCGGUAUGAGACCUUUCACGCCCAUGGCCAAUGGUUAUCCAGGAAUUCACGGCGUCGCUCCUCCAGGCUCCAUUCCUCCUCCGGGCUGUAGAAUUGUGUUUUCCUUGGCGUUUGCUUUUCUGUGUAUGUUGAAUGUGAUUCUUAAAAGUAGUGAAUCUGAACAUAUAUGUCAAUGUAGUGAGAUGAGAUUAGGCGUCUUGAUUGAGUUCCGUGAGAAAAGUUGCGAGGCGUCAAAUAUUGGGUUAGGGACUCACUUCUACGACUCCCUUCAUUUUGCCAACUGCCAGAAGCAAGCAUAUGUAGCCUCUGAGUUCUCCUUGGUCUUGGUUUUGAGGUUCUCUGUUCAGCCUGGUGGUAUCCUCCGGUAUCCAUCUCCCUAUCCAACAAUGGUUCGUCCUGGUUAUAUUAUGCGCCCGCCUGGUACUUUGCAACUAGUUCAACGCCCUCCUGUCCCAGGAAUGCCUGGUCCUCGUCCUGUAAUGCCUCUUGUGCCUAGACCAGCUUCUCUUCCUUUCGUACCACCUGCAGAGAAACCACAGACCACAAUUUACAUUGGGAAGAUAGCAACCGUGGAAAAUGAAUUUAUGAUGUCUGUUCUCGAGUUUUGUGGACAUGUCAAGAACUGUUUACGUGCGGAAGAUCCCACCACCAAGAAACCUAAAGGUUUUGGAUUCUAUGAAUUCGAAUCAGCUGAAGGGAUUCUUCGCGCAAUACGCCUGCUGACCAAACUAACAAUAGAUGGACAAGAGCUUUUGGUGAAUGUUAAUCAAGCAACAAAGGAGUAUUUGCUAAAGUAUGUUGAGAAGAAAAUGGAGAAUGCAAAGAAGGCCAAGGAAAGUCAAGCUGUAGGAACCGAAGAUAACCAAGCUGAAGGUCCUGAAAAAACUGAGAAUUCUGCUAGGCCCACCUUAGGGGAGACAGGGAAGGAUGGGGAACCAAAGAGUAAAGAAAACAUUGAUAUUGCGAAUUCUGCUGUCUUCACUGAUGAAGAAAGAGAAGCCGAUAAAGAGGCUAUGGAGAAGAUUGAAAAUGCUAUUGAAGAAAGGUUAAAGACCAACCCUCUGCCUCCGCCACCCCCACCACCACCUGCUGAUGGUUCAGGCAUAGAAUUUGCUUUCAAAUCCAAGGAUGGAGACUCCAACACUGACAUCGCUCGGAGUGAUUCCGCUGCUAAUGAUGUUGAGACUCCAGGAGAACACAAUAGGCCUGACACAAGUUCACCUGAUUGGAGUAAGAGAAAUGACCGAAGAAGCAGAGACAGAGGUGAAAAGGACCAAGAAAUGGAUAGAUACGAGAGGGAGGCUGAACGAGAACGAACAAGGAAAGAGAGAGAGCACAGGAGGAAACUUGAGGAUGCAGAGCGUGCUUACCAGACUCGUCUUCGACAAUGGGAACGCAAAGAAAGAGAAAAGGAGAAGGAACGACAGUACGAGAGGGAGAGGGAGAAAGAGAAAGAGCGUAAAAGGAAAAAGGAAAUCCGCUACGAGGAAGAGGAGGAUGAAGACGAUGAUGAUUCAAGAAGAAGAUGGCAUAGAGGUUCGUCAGAUGAGAGAAGAAGACGGCGGCUAAGAGAGAAGGAGGAUGACUUAGCUGAUAGAUUGAAAGAAGAGGAAGAGGUUGCUGAGGCCAAGAGGAUUGCCGAGGAGCAAAAAUUGCAGCAACAACAAUUAGAUGCCUUGAGGCUCCUAUCUGGACAAGCAGCUUUCGGAAGUCAACCGGUUCAGACAUCAUCACCCAUUGAAAACGAUCAUAACGCAACUCUUCAAACUGUCGGUGAAUCUAUCCAUGAGCAACAUGCAUCAGAUAUUGAACAAAAUGGUUCUGGUAAUGAAAUGUCCAUGGCUAUUGAUAACAAUAGCGGAUCAGAGUCACACGCUCCCUCCAAGAAAUUGGGAUUUGGGCUUGUGGGAUCCGGAAAACGGACAUCUGUGCCUUCUGUUUUCCAUGAGGAAGAUGAAGACGAAGCACAUAAGGAUAAAAAGAUGAAGCCUUUGGUUCCUAUAGAUUACUCAACGGAGGAACAGGAGGCUGUGGCCCAUGCCGGCUCAGGGAAUACACCACCUCAUUUGGCUUUAGCCGCUGAAUUUGCAAAACGACUUUCGAGUACUAAUCCCAGAGAAGAGACAACAGAAACCGAAAAACAUAGGAGCAGACGUUCUCAUGAUAGGCCAACCCACAGGGACAGAGACAGGGAAAGGGACAGGGACAGGGACAGGGAAAGAGACAGAGACCGUGUCAGGGACCGAAGUGACGGGCAUAGUGGUCCAACCAAAGACGCUAAAGAGCCUGGUAAAGCAAAGACACCUGAUACCAAGAAGCUUAUGGAUGCAAAACAAUUGAUAGAUACAAUCCCAAAGACAAAGGAAGAGUUGUUUUCUUACGAGAUAAACUGGACUAUGUAUGACAAGCACCAAUUGCACGAUAGAAUGAGGCCAUGGAUCUCAAAGAAAAUCAUGGAGUUUCUUGGAGAAGAGGAAGCCACGCUGGUAGAUUUCAUCGUGUCAAACACUCAACAGCACGUGAAAGCGUCUCAGAUGCUUGAGCUACUGCAAUCGAUACUAGACGAAGAAGCUGAGAUGUUUGUACUGAAGAUGUGGAGAAUGCUCAUCUUUGAGAUCAAGCGGGUCGAAGCUGGAGUCCCGGUAAAACCCAAAGCCUGAAACUUUCUCAAAAUGAAUUUUCUUUCUUGUUGCUUAGUAUCUCAAAUUUUUUUGAAGUCUUAUUGUCUUUUGAAUUUAAAAAAGAAUUACCAUGUUUACAAGCUUAAUGCCAAAGAAGAGAUUGAGAAAAAUAUAUAUACACAUUCUAGUUUACAAUAUAAAUACUUGCAACAGUCGAGAGUUUAAAGCUUCUCUUUAGGAAUUGAGUUUUCUAUGAUGUUGCUCUCUUUCCAAUGUUAUUCACCAAGUACGUAGAACGAAAUUAUUAAGAUAUAUGUAGGAAAAGUGUUUGUCUUAGUGUAUUUACUUUUACAAUGUACAAUGGUUCCUUUUACUGAAUAUAUACUGUCUGUUCUUCAUUUAUUUCCAGAAAAUCAACUAUCAUUACAAUACAUAUUAAUAUGCACACAGCUCCUCUUUGAAAACCAGAAACUGAUCAAUAGUAUAUAAGCUCUUUGGGUUAUUAAAAAAUCCCAGAGCUAAUAUGUAAGUAAAAAAGUGUAUACAUACAAAUGAAUAUAUUCAUCUUUAGCCUAUAAAAGAUUGAAGUUAAUUUUGGUAGAUAACUCUUUGAGAAGAAAAAAUAAGUCUCAAAGAGUUGCUGUGUAGUGUGUGUACCAAAUAAAUCACCAGGCGUGGAUAAACCGUUCUCUUUCAAAAGCCGGUUCGGCCGUACCGGUUUUCCUCUCCUGGAACUCAUGAAUCAUUUUGAUAAGAGCACUUGCCUUUCUCCCAACUCCACCACACUCGCCGUUACUUAACACCGUGUAAAGCGACCCCAUAAUCGACGGAUCCUUAACGAGUGCCCCAACGACGUCAUUUCCGCCGUUAACACACAGAUUCAGAAGCAGAACAACACAGUGCUGCUUCGUCGCCGGCGAACUAUCCGACGAACCCAGAAUCUUCACCGCGAGUUUCAAUCCUCCACGACGGAGCACAGAAAUCAUACCGUCGGGAUACUCCGCCAUUUUCGCGAGAAUCGCCAUCGAGUCCGCCCUGACUCCGUCGCCGGAUUUCACGAGUUCGAGAAGAACAGGUGUCGCUCCAGCGGCGAGGACACGCCAGUGAUUAUCGGGAUGUUGAAUCAACAAACUCCUAAUCGCGAUUAACGCGUUCCGUUUCGCCGAAUCUCCGUAAUCGCAACCUUUAACGACUCUCAACAAUCCCGAAAUCGCGUCCGGGAUUUCUCCGAUCAAUCUGCUGUUAUCUCCGAGAGACGAUAGAUAGAACAGAGAAGCUGCUGCAUAUUGUCUACUCUCUCUUCUAAUUCCUUCGUUGAGAACCUCCACGAUGAUCUCCAAUCCACCACCGUCUCCGGCGAUUCGUGUUUUCCCGGAGGUAUCCUUCGAUAGAUUCAAAAUCCCAGCCAUGGCGUUCUCUUGAAUCGUCUGAUCUCCCGAACGAAGCAUCUUCAUCAGCGAUUCCACAACACCAGCUUCCACCAAGCAAGACCUAUUAAAACUACUCGUCUUGGUGAGAACUCGAAUCUCCACUAACGCUUUAACCAUCUCUUUUUCACCACCAUUGAUUAAUUCCCCGGCGAGAAAUUCCGCCAUGAGCUUCCCGGCUUCUUCCGCCGCUAAACUCUCAGGAACAGUCGAUUUCUUCUUCGUCUUCUUCUUCUGAUCAAUCUCUACGCCGUUUUGCUUGCAGUAACUCUGAAUCACUUGCUUGACGGAUACGUUAUCAACUAAAACAGUACUCGCAAGAAUCUUCCCGGUCUUAGGGCACGUGAUGUUGCCGGAGGAAAACCAUUUCUUGAUAGAGCUCCGAUCAUACGUGUGUCCUGUUUCUAAAACCACUGGAUCAUUCAUAAUCUCUAGAGAAAUCGGGCAACGAAGAUCAUCAACGUUUAAACCACGAUUAAACAAAUCCUCUUCUUCUUUUUCAUCUUCAUCAUCAUCAAUGCCUCGAAGUAUCACGCAUCUGGAGUAGCAUAUGAAUCCCAUUAAGCUGCUAAGAAGCUCGAUUUCUUUCUUAUCCUUCUUCUCGGCGUUGAUCUCUUCUCCUAGAAAAUCAAUCUCCUUGACGCAAUCUCUCCAUUUUCGAACACCAAUAUGAUCAAGAACUUGGAGUAUUUCAUCUCGGUUCGGGUUAAUCCGGUUCUCGAACAGAUUCAAGACCCAAUAAACCGAGUCUAUAGCCCGUUUGUCACCCGGGUCGGGUCUUGCUUCGGAUUUACGGGUCUGACGGAUUAACAGAUAGAAUAGCUCGUUGAUUUCUCCAGGUAAGUCAACGGACCCGACUGGGAAAGCGUCGAGGCAAGUGGAUACGGAUCGGAUCAAGACCCGGAAAUGAGCUGAGACUUGGUCGGAGUUUAUCAACGUAUAUAGCUUAGCUCCUUCUCGUGUACAGUCUUGUAGAAGCAACUUGAGUUUCUGGAAGAUGACGUGGAGCUCUGAUAGGCUUAGGAUUGCCGAGCGAGUGAAGGAACGACUCGCCGAUAUUGACCCGACCCGGAUUUGAAUCCGGAUUUCGUCGAGGAUGAUCACGAGGUUUUGGAUAUGUCGGAGAGUUUCUUUGACGCUUCGCUUGUUCGUGGAGAAAUGUUUUGGUUUGAAGCUGAGAAUCUCACCGGCGAUUUGUAACAGUGAGUCGACGAGAGUUGUGAUGGAAAUCGAUUCGCACGGGUUAACCGCCGGAAAAGUUAGAAUCCGACGAUCCGACCCGGUUUGUGUAUGGAUCAUAGUGUGAUAAGAUAGAGGGAGGAAGAUAUUUUCAAGUGUUUUGAGGUUUGUCUAAUGUUUGUGUUGUGGGGAUAAUAUACACUUCGUGUGGGUUUUCACUUUUCAACUUUCUACAGAUUUGCGACACGUGAAGAGGUAUGAUUCGUUGCUAAAUUUUGGGGUCUGUAAAUACGCCACGUGGUAUACCGUGGUAAUGAAGCGUGUGUAGGACCUACUCAUGAAGGUGAAGUGCUUGGAG